AGCCAGAGCAUCGAUGACUAUGCCACCAACAUGCAGCUGGACGAGAGUCAGAAAGAUAAUCUGACAAGUCUGCUAAUUGAAGUCCUUAACGGCAGGCAGAUUGCUCUCCUUAUGUUGGGCAUGCCGCUGCAGUCCUGGUCGGAGGUGUAUGUCAUCCUGCGUCCAAUCGCGCAAGACCUCUCCUCAUCGUCGAACAAGUAA